AGAUUCUUGCGCGAGAAUAGCCGUACUUCCGCAAGAAGCCGCGAGUGUCGACGGAGCUUUACAGUAAAAUGCGAUCGAUUUAGAAUCUUUGCUUGGAGCCCGUCGAUGCCAUCCCUCAUAGCCGUUCGUGGGGUGGGCUCGCUGUGUUCCUGUGUUCCUCAAAGUAGCCCCACUGGAGACAAUUGGGCCAUUUGCGUGCAGUUGAGAGAGAGCAGUGUCAGGGUAGAGACUUCGUUUAAUCGUUUUAAAAAGGUAAAUGUCACUAAAACCGCUUGGAGUUGGCUGCUCCCUGCAAGAAGAGCCGUUAGCUCAGGGGCACAGUGCAGAGACCAAGCAAUGGGCUGAAGGGUAAAGCACUUCCUCCUGAGCAGGAAGCCCGAGUUUGGUUAGAAACACUAGAGAACGUUCAAUAGGGAAGAGCUCUGGAGUAACAGGACACAACUGGUACUGAGAUUCAUCUUUGCCAAGUCUAGUUACUUGGGUUCUGCAGGAGCCCCUCAGUAGCUGGUCUGUGUCUCUGCAUGGAAGGGUCUGGAAGUACCUGGUUGGUUUUAGGGUUAGCAAUUUGCUGAUCAGAUACACAAGCCCUGGCAACCUGCCAAGCUGGACACGGGUUGAGAUCCGCGAUCCUACAGCGACACCCAGUAAGAUGCUGUCAGAUGUGAUGCAGUUAAAAGGUCGGGGAGAUUUCAGUCUGUCCCUGGUCCCUCAAGGUGUGCUGCAAAGGUCUCAAGGGCUUCACGGAGGUUGUCUGUUUGACAGUAUCGCUCAGAAAUAGGCAACUUCAACUUAGGUCAGACCAUCCCAUCCUCCUCCAGAGCAACGUGUGUGACCCGUCCAGAGAGCAAAGUCUGUAUAGCUGCCUGUGCCUGUGUGCUGCUCCCUCUGGAGCAACUUCCAUCAAAUCCCUCUUGCUUGAGAGCAGCCACCUGUCUCACAAGCCUGGACAUGCUAAAUGCUGCGUUCCAUUCCUCCCUGCAUGUGGGUGUAUUGGAGACAGACCUGUUUAGUGCUGUACCUGGCUGACUAGACCCAGGGAGCGGUGAUGUCGGCUUAUUCCUUCAGCUCGUCUUCCGGCAGAGGCAGAAUGGAAGCUAACUGCUGUUAGUUGUAUCUGGCUCUAAGUGCGAACUCAAGGACCAGUGACUCGCCCUGGAGACCCUGGGUCCCAGGACUGCAGCCAAAGCUGUGCAGCUUAACUGAGAGACGUUUGAGAGACCUACGAUGCUUUUCUCUCGGUAGAGAAGUGACUGUGGACCGGAUGCCUCCUGGUGCGAGUUAGACCCUGGCUCAGUUGAAGAGAAUACCUGUUUGCUGGCUGCCUUAGGCGGCACAGGAGCACUUGCAGGCCAAGGCUGUACUGAGCGAAGCCUGCCUGAGCUGGCAGGCUGUUGUGGGUCCGCCUUCGGUUGGGUGCUGGGCAGGCCCGCUGGGCUGGCAAUGAGUGAAGAUCUUCGCAGGAGCAGAUGUGCCAUGCAGCAGGCAGGCAGCACUGCAGGGCAGUGAAUACUAGCUGGAGAGCACCGCCAUCCCGGGAGAUGGGCCGCGGCAGCCGCUGCUAGGGGCAGCUGGCCCGUGCCGGGGGAAGGGAGCGGUCCGUGGGUGCCGGCUGGAGGAGCGCAGCAGGGAGCCGCUGGGACGCCGGACCCUGUGCAGAGCGGGCUCAAUUAGGACUGGCUGCUGUCCAGAGGGAUUGUCCGUGGUCUGCUGGAGCAGAGCAGGGGUGUGGGGACUUGGCACCGUCUCGCUGUGCGUGUGGACAAGGCAGUGCCUGCGAUGGGGCCUUUGUGAGGACUCAGGCUCCUGCCAUGCACCCCACAGGGACCCCGGAUGGUGGCUUUUCUCGGUGCGCUGUGCAGACUCUGUCCCGCAGCCACUGCCGGAACAUCAAACAGAAGAUCUCCCAGUGGGAGGGGAGGACUCGGGGGGGCUGCGGCGAGGACAGACAGCAACCGAAGGACUUUGGCGUGCAGUAUGACCCUGGCUAUGAGGCUCUGCCCAAGGCCCAGCCACAGGGGAAUGGCAGUGGCGGGGAGGUGGAGCUGGCAAACACAAAGGGCUUGGGCCUGGACUUCCGGGAAAAGGGCAGGAACCUUUCUCAGAGCGAGGAUGAGAGCGAAUGUGGCUCCUUGGAGAUGCUCAGGCCCAAAGUGCGCGCGUGCAGCCUGAGUUCCUGGGCAGAGGAAAACGGAGACUGGCGGGGAGGCCUGCUGGACCCAGAGCAGAGUUUACCCCCAGGGAACUUCUACACCUCCCGUGGGGCGUGGAAGGACCUAGAAGCUGGUCCCCUUGGCAAGGUGGUCGCGGAGGCAGUGGAGCUGAAAAGGAAGCGGGAGAGCUGUGGCUCGACAGAGCGAGAGCUACAGGCUAGGGGAGGGGAGCCCCUCCGGGCGACAGGGAGGAGCCUCGAAAACAUUUACUCAGAGCCUGAGGGCCAGGAGCCGCGGCCUGCUGCCGUCCCUCCCCCGAAGCCCCGCCGGACUUUCCGCUACCUGUUGGAAAGGGACCACGCCAGCGGCGGGGGGGAGAAGCCACAGGACGGCCAGUGUAAUGAGUCCUCAGCAGAAUCCGCCCAGGAGCCUGAGCAGGGAUUGGCAAACAGGAAAAUCAGAGGGAGAUCCAAGAGGAAAUCCUUUGAGUUCGAAGACAUCCAGGGCUUCCGCAGUCGCAUGGCAGCCACCAGCUCCCAGAAGCUCCACGAGGAGCUGAACAGCAGCUCGGGGUCCCGACUCUACUACACGCAGUCAGAGGACAAUGUCUACGAGGACAUUCUCUCUCCUGUGAAGGAGAAUCUGUAUGAAGACAUCAAAGUGUUGCCUUUACCUUUGUGGAGGGUCCCGUCCACCUGGAAGCUGCCACCCCCAAAGAAUGCCUUCAGGCCUCCCAAGCUCCCUCCCAAGCCUGCCUUCCUCAAUCGCAAGACCCUGGAGCUGAAAGCCGCCCGGGCGUGCCUGCGUGGGAAGGACACCACCCUGCCUGUCACGCUGACCGAGUGGAAGCUGUUCCGAGCAGGGGAGGUCACUGGCAUGAAAAGGAACCUUCCCCGGCUUGUGUUAAAAAUACAGGAGAUCUUCGAGUCUAAACGCGGGAAGAAGAGGGUGAAGUUAAUCACUUACACAGGGAAAGAAGCUCCUCCAGCAAAAGGUGAAACCAGUGGGAAUGAAAGUGAGACAGAGAAUCUGCCGAAAAGCCGCCACAAGCGCUUGCUGCAAGUGCAGGCAACCCACAAGAGAAACCCGCACUAUCAGACGCUGGAGCGGGAUCUGAUCGAAUUCCAGGAACAGCAGCUGUUUGAGCUCUUUGUGGUCGUGUCCCUAAAGAAGAGGCCAUCUGAGACAACGUACACCCCGCAGGUCAUACAGCAGUUCCCCAGCAAGCCCGAGCAACCCAUCAAGCAGUCCAAGGAUACCGAGGAGAGGUUAAAGGUCAUCCCCAAGUUCUGCUUCCCAGAUCCUAAAGCCUGGCUUCCAACAGCAGAGCUCAAAAGUGAAACCUUUUCCUUUGUGCUGACGGGUGAGGAUGGCAGCCGCUGGUUCGGUUACUGCAAGAAGCUCUUGCCAGAAGGGAAAGGGAAGCGGCUUCCAGAGGUGUACUGCAUGGUGAGCCGCCUGGGCUGCUUCAACCUCUUCUCCAAGAUUCUGGAUGAGGUCGAGAAGAGGCGAGAGAUGUCCCCAGCCUUGGUGCAUCCGUUCAUGCGCAGUGUCAUGGAGGCCCCUUUCCCGGCUCCCGGACGCACAAUCACUGUGAAGAGCUUCCUGCCAGGAGCAGGAAAUGAGGUUAUUGAACUCUGCCGUCCCUUGGAUUCCCGGCUGGAGCACGUGGAUUUCGAGUGCUUGUUUAAGUGCCUUAGUGUCUGCCAUCUGAUCCGGGUGUGUGCCUCUCUCCUGCUGGAAAGGAGGGUGAUCUUCGUUGCGGACAAUCUGAGCACCUUGUCUAAAUGUGGCCAUGCUGUGGUUGCAACACUUUACCCCUUCACCUGGCAACACACCUACAUUCCUGUUCUCCCAGCAUCCAUGAUUGAUAUUGUCUGUUCUCCCACCCCAUUCCUUAUUGGCAUUCUUUCCUGCUCCUUACCACAGCUCCAGGACCUGCCCAUAGAAGAGGUACUGAUUGUUGACCUUUGUGCUGACAAGUUUCUGCAACAGGUAUCAGACGAGGAUGAGAUCCUACCUCAUAAACUCCAGGCUGCACUUGUACAGAUUUUGGAGGAACGAAAUGAAAUUUUAUCCCAGGAGCAGGUGUACACACAAGGUGAUGUAACUUUGAACUCCCUGGUCUCUGAAGCUUUUGUACAGUUCUUUGUGGAGAUUGUAGGACAUUACUCCUUGCACAUGAAUGUCACAGAGAAAGGAGAGCGGGUGUUCCAGCGAGAGCCAUUUCGAAAGUCACACACCUCCCGUAAUGUGCGCCAUUUCCUAGACCUGUUCAUGGAAACACAGAUGUUUGCAGGAUUCAUACAGGACCGGGAACUCCGUAAGAGUGGGGUCAAAGGCCUGUUUGAGGUCCGUGCCUUGGGGUAUUUGGAGACUAUUCCAGAGACAGAACCAAGCGGGAUGAACAAAAUUCUUCGCAGUCUGGGAAGCAAAAUGAAAUUUCUUCACAGAAAGUGAAAACAGGUGCUGAAACACUGAUGAAGAGGAGUUUUGCAUACAAAUGCUGCUGUCCAAAUUGUCAGACCUACUCACUGAGAUACAGCUCAGUCCAUGGAAAGCUCAAAUAGUGGGAGAAAAUGGAAAAGAAGUACAAUCCAUCCUAUACCUGCUUUCACUGGAGCAUUGCAGAGGCAAACUGGAAAUGGAUGCAGAUGAAGAACUUCAUGCUGGAGAUGCUUAACACAUUCUCCUCAUCAAUGGGGAAUUUAAAAGGGGAGCUUUUUCGUUGUGAAACUUCAGACUCCAUAUUUUUGCUGCUUGGCUUGAUGAGCCAUUUUUUAGGAAAACUUUUCUGUUUGGUUAAAUCCAAAUCAGCAUUUAAGGAAGAAACUAAUGUGAUCCUACAAUGGGUCUGUGGGCCAUGCUGGAUCCAAGCAACAGGCUGUGCAAAUUCUGGCACUAAGAACCUGUUCAAGGAGUUGCUUCAGAAGCUGAAAAGACUGCUCUGGCUUGCCUUAUGCCCUCUCUCCUUGGAGUGCACUUUCAUACACAUGGUAUAUGGUUUUGAUAGCACGGAGCCAUGUUCUUGGCUGAUCUGAGAUCAGAAAUAGCUUUUCAUUUAGUGUAAACAAAGUUCCAGUUUAUCACAAAGCUUUACAUUUUUUAAACCAAAUGGAAAUGUCAGCUUAUUUUCUAACUUGUCCUAUAUUCUGAUUUUACAGUGCCCAGAGCACCUCGCCCUUUAUGCUGACAUAUGGAACAGGCUUAUCCUUUACCUUAUCACAUACACUUACCUGCUGUAAAUUUGGGCUGGGUGACUUCCACAAAUUAGAACUGUAAUUCUCUUGGGAUAAAAUGGCAUCGUCACAGAGGGAGCCACAUUCAUUCUUUAAAUUUUGGUAUUAAAAGCAAUUAGUUUAAUGUUGAAUUACUGCAAAUGAGAGGACAGUAUCUCAAGGAUGCAUAUUGCUGCAGGUGCUGAGCCAGAUUUUCAGAAGGAUAUAAAAAUCCUUUUUUCCUUAAGUGCCUUGGUACAGCAAGAAAGUUAAGUUGGAUAAGAUACCAAAACACAGCUAUUCUAGUUCUUUGCUGUUGAAAAAUGUAGAUUCCUCAGCAUUCAUUGUUGGGGAAGAAUAACGUUAGUAGGUUAUGGCAAUUGAGUCCUGUGAUGGUUUGAAAAUAGUUAAUACCUGCCUGGGUUUGUAUAAUAGAUUAAUGCCAGUUAUUUAUUCAAAUCUAUUGAUGUUCCUUUAUUGUAGUUGUUGAAUUACUUAAACAAGUCUGUUGGCCUGAGAGUGCAGCUGGAGGCUGGUUUCUGAUAGCACUUUCUCAUAAACAGUUGUUUACGUGGCACUGAUGGACUCUGACUGAAUCCUGUGUAAUGACAAUGACUGCUGUAGUGAAAUGAAAAGUCUUCUUAGUGCUCCAACAUAAGGUAGCACGUACUAGUUGUAUACAGUGUUGACAUACAGAAUUCAUACAUGAGUUUGAAAAGUCCCCAGUGGAGCUCAGUUCCUCAGAUAGAACAACACUUGGAAGGGGCUUAUAUUCCCAAUAGCAGUUUGUCCAUGUCUACAGGGGUAUGAUUUUGCGUAAAUACUUUUAAGAGUUUUUGUGUGCAAGGGGCUUUCUUGUGUAAGAUACUCCUGGUGCCUGUGCCCCCUGGGGCAGCCGGGCUUCUCCCGGAGCGGGCGGCGCAUGGCUCCGGCGCACGAGGCCCUGCUUCCUGAGACCAUGGCUGCUCUGGCCCAGGAGGUC